CUUAAGUACAACCCAGCGAUGGUGGAAAUGGUAGAAGAUGAUCGUUCGAAGGACAUGUGUCCGAUCUGUAAAACAGAUAAAUAUUUGUCACCUAAUAUGAAUUUUCUAAUUAGUCCAGAGUGUUAUCAUAAGAUUUGUGAAUCAUGUGUGGAUAGAAUCUUUUCCCUUGGUCCAGCACCGUGUCCUUAUCCUAAAUGUGGGAUCAUACUACGCAAGAAUAAGUUGAAGACACAGGUUUUUGAUGAUUUGAGCAUUGAAAGAGAGAUCGAUAUACGGAAGCGAGUCAGUGCCAUUUACAAUAAGACUGAAGAGGAUUUUGCGGAACUUAAAGACUACAACAAAUAUUUAGAAGAUGUUGAAAAUAUAAUAUUCAAUUUAGUCAAUGGUGUAGACGUUGAGGAAACUGAAGCAAACUUGACUAAUUAUGAAAAUGAACAUAAGAUUGAAAUUUUGGAGAAAACGAUGCUGGAGAGUCAAAAGAACGCCGAUUUGGUGAAAUAUCAAGAUUCUAUGGCUCGUUUGAAACAAGAAAAACUUAAGAUUCAAAAACAAAUGGAAAUCGAAGAUAUUGAAUAUCAGAAACAACAAAAACAAGAACUUCUAGAUAAAUUGUCUAAUUCCAGUUCCAACUCCGAUGAAUUAAUUCAGCAAUCUCAUAAUAAUCUUUUGAAAAGAACUUCAUUGAGAAAGAGACAAUUACAGCAAAUAUCAAGUCAAUUGGAACAACAAUUUCAAAGCUCUAAUCCAUUUUCUAAACAAGCUAAGGAAAUCGAAGAUGCAGGUAAUAAAACUCCAUUUACACCAUUCAAAGGUGAUAGAGACAUGCACAAACGUUAUCAUCUAUUGGGAAUGGAAGAGAUCACCGGUACGGAUAUCGAUGCAGCAAAAGGUUCUAACACCUAUUUCGACCCGUACGUUAGUAAGUUAGCUAAAGACAAAGAGUACUUGGGUGCUGGUUGGAGAUUACGAAAUGUUUUUGAACGUGCAUUAGAUGAAGCUUUUAUGGGUUUGAAUUGUUUUAUAGAAAAAGAAAAGCAAUAAUAAUGUACAUUAGAAGUGAAGGAAUGUUUAUGUAUAAGUAUAUAUCGUUUCUGUAAAAUAUGAGUAAUG